AUGCUAAAAUUCAGAACCAGUGGUUAUAGUGGGUUCUCAGUGAAAUACUCCUCUUUUUUCGAUAAUAAGAUAGCUGUGGCGACAUCGGCCAAUUAUGGAUUAGCAGGUAAUGGCCGUCUUUAUAUACUCUCAAUAAAUCCCAAUGGUCAGAUCACUCAGGAUAUCUAUUUUGAUACUCAAGACGGAUUGUUUGACUUGUCGUGGUCGGAGAUCAACGAAAACCAUGUCGCGGCUUCUUCAGGAGAUGGGACCAUCAAGUUGUUUGAUCUACAUGUGGGGACAUAUCCCGUGGCCGUGUGGAAUGAACAUCAUAAAGAGGUAUUUUCAAUUAAUUGGAACUUAACCGACAAGUCCAGUUUUGUCAGCAGCUCCUGGGAUGGAACAAUUAAAGUAUGGUCGGCUAAUCGGAAACAGAGUCUAGUAAACUUACUGUCGUCUUCCAGUACGUUUGCUCCAACGACAAAACCAUCCAGUGUUCCAUUACUGAAAUCCCAAAAACCAGGGUCCAACCUCACCAAUACCCAAUGCGUUUAUCAAGCAAAGGUGUCGCCCCAUGCUCCAAAUCUCAUUGCCUCUGUCAAUGCCUCGUCCAGACUUCAAUUAUGGGAUGUCCGUUCCGCGCGUCCUUUGCAAAUGGAUAUUUUGUGCCAUAACGGAUUAGAGGCUCUAGGAUUGGAUUGGAAUAAAUAUAGAUCGACCGUGCUUGCCACAUCGGGGGUGGACAAGACUAUAAGAGUAUGGGAUCUUAGAAUGAUCACAAAUAAGUUUCCGGCAUCACAUUCUUUAAAUGGCUCAAACUCUGCCCCGCAAAACGAGAUGGUAGGUAAUCAACUCCCAGUACGAAACGUUACUUGGUCGCCUCAUUCAAGCAACAAACUCUUGAGUUGUGGUUAUGACAUGACGGCCCGUAUCUGGGAUGACGUUACCGACAAGCGUGCUCCUCGAACAAUCAACAAUAGUACAGGAUGUAUAAACCUGUUUAAUAAUCAUAAAGAAUUUGUAAUUGGUGGGGAUUGGUCACUUUGGGGAGAGCCUGGCUGGGUGGUCACUACAGGAUGGGAUGAAAUGGUGUAUGUAUGGAACUCCAACCGGAGAUAUUGA